AUGGCAAACUGGCAACAGUACAAUCCCUUUGGUAAGAGGGAAUCCCACUCUAAUAGUGCGAUCCUCACCUACAAGAUUCUUACUCUCGUCACCUGGAUCUUGUCCCUCGUCGUUACUGUCUAUUACACUCUCAACCGUCCCGAUGAUGGGCACACGAGAAAUAGAAAGAUCUGGGAGCAGAACCACAUGUAUCGCACUGCCUUUACGCUGAACCCAAUCAUCACCUCCAUCUACUGGAUCGUUCUCUUCAUUCUCCAGGCUGGUUACAUUGGUCACCUAUUCUCGAGCAACUCGGACAUUGUUCACGCUGCCGCCAGCGUUGGAAGCCAUUUCAUCUUCAACAACCUCUUCCACUUCGCUUUUGUCAUGCUGUUUGUCCGCUCUCACUUCCACUGGGCUGAGGUCAUUCUCGUUCUCAACUUCAUCAACCUGUCCUCGCUCUACUUCCGCCACAACACAUAUCCCCGAUUCAUUCAUACGCCUGUGGUGUCUGGACCUUUGGCCUGGACGUUUGUCGCCAUUUACUGGAAUGGUGCUCUCAUGGUUCCCCACCCCGACCACCUUGUUGCUCGCAUCUUUGGGAACAUUUUUAUCUGGUCCAUUCUUGUCUAUGGACUCUUCUUUAUCACCAUCUACAAGGACUACACUAUGGGCUUCUCACUGAGCGUCUUUGCUGCUGCAAUUGGAGUUUCUCAGUUCCUCCACCAAGUGAUUGCCUUCCAGUGGAUCUUUGCCUUUGUCAUAAUGGCUCUGCUUUUCGUCGCCACGGUCGUUGUCGCUGUUCCUGCUGCGACUGGCCGGGAGAUCAACUGGCGCAGUGCUCCUGCUGAUCAGGAGCGUGCCCCUCUCCUCGCAGAGAAUUAA